ACACAGAUCUUGGGUAAAAGACUCAUCAAAUAAGGUACUGUAAAUGCGUAGUUACACGCGCUAGUUUCAGGUCUUUUAUUUUUAUAGCCUCUAUAUAUAGCCUCUAUAUCGGGUUUUAUCCCAACUACCCGUACUUUUGUGCAGAAGAAUCAUUUGGAUCUAGAAAUGAUAUUAUAAGAACUAGAUUCUAGAUCUACUUGUUUGAAUUCUUUCGUCUUAAAAAUGAAUUUUGACCCGAGCAUCAACUUCCGGUGACAUAUUUAGUCCAGCUGCAAUGCAAUAUUGUACUUUUUAUUUUAAUAGAAUUAAUUGAUUGUUGUUCUAGAUAUUAUUGAUAUUCAAGCUAUUUCUAUCUGAACGUCCGUGUGAAUGAAAGAAACAAGGUGAUGACGGGGUUAUGUUCCUCAGUGCCAGAGUUUUAGGAUUGACAAGAAAAAAUAAUUUAAGGCUCAUUAGCCAUGACGCUCUAAUACUUUGCCAACUUUAUUCGACAAAACCCAGAAAACUAAAUUUAAAGACUAAAGCAUGGGAUGUUGCUUUGGCACGAAUUACAACGAUUUUGUUCUCAGAGUGACCACCGGCAGUCAGAAGAACGCUGGCACGGACACUAGCGUGUAUAUCAUCUUGCACGACGAUUUCAACCACGCCUCUGGGGUGAUCCACCUGGACAACUGUCUGCAUGAUGACUUUAAACGAGGCAGAACGGACAUUUUCAACGUGCCUACCAGUAAGACAGAGUCUCUCCACGUGCAGGGGAACAUUAUCCAGAUCGAGCUAUGGCGAGAGCGUAGUACCUUUGAUUCGGACUGGUAUGUGAACAAGAUUGAGAUUGAGAACAGGUUUAGAAACACGACCUAUUUAUUCCCUGUGUAUCGGUGGAUCAAGGCCAAUGUACAUUAUGUAAUCAACCAGUUCGAUACUUGCCUGGCCCAAGAAGAUCAUUUGACCAAGCAAAGGAGCCAUGAACUGGAGGAAAAGAAGAAAACUUACGAAUACGAUUUUAUCUCCCCAGGACUCCCCGUAAAGAUCAAGAAGUUUCCCCAAGAUGAGGCUUUUGACUCUGACACUAAGUGGCGAAUAAUUUCGAAAAAAGUAAAGCUGAUUGUUUUAAGUAAAAUUUUACUGUCAAGUGCUGAGUGGAAGACAAUGGAAGACCUCAAAAAUAUCUACACGAAAGGGAAGGCACUCUAUAUGCCUUAUAAUGGCAAAGAUUUAUGGUCGGAUGAUGUAUUUUUUGGGUAUCAAAGAAUUUCAGGUAUCAAUCCUCUGCUGAUAAAACUUGUGACCCAAAUUCCCCCAAAGUUCCCAGUGACUAAUGCUCUUACCAAGCCGUUUCUUGAAGGCUAUGUCUUGGAUGAGGCGUUAGAGCAAAAGAAGAUUUUCAUGUGUGAUCUCAAAAUACUUGAAGGCACUCAAGCUCAGAAAGGUUUUGUUAUUUGCCACCCCAUGGCCAUGUUUUUCCUUGAUAGAACCAAUCACCUGAAACCUGUAGCCAUUCAACUGUUUCAAAAACCGGGUCCGAAAAAUCCAAUAUUUACCCCAGCAAGUCCUUUCUGGACGUGGACAGUGGUCAAAAUGUGGUACAAUAACGCAGAAGCCAUUCAUCAUCAAAUUUUAGUACACAACGCAGGCUACCACUCAUUGUUUGAAGGCAUAGUCAUAGCUGUACAUCGGAACCUGUCUCCAUCACAUCCUAUAUUCAAACUUCUGGCAUCUCACACAGUAAUGCUACUGGCCAUGAAUGAGCGAGGACGAAACUUUAUUUUCUGUAAAGGUGGAUGGUUAGAAAAAGCUUUAAGCAUUAGCUUAGAAGGUUUUGAGGAACUCACUAAAAAAGGUUUGAACAAUUGGAAAAUCGACGUAGAUGGAAGUCUACCAGACGAUCUCAAAAGAAGAGGCGUUGAUGACCACAGAGUCUUACCUUGCUAUCCCUACAGAGAUGACGCUAUGUUAAUAUACAAAGCCAUCAAGGAAUUCGUUCAGUCUUAUAUCGAACUUUAUUAUUCCACAAGUCAUCUCUUAAAGAAGGAUUGUGAGAUACAGAACUGGGCAAAGGAACUUGCAGCUCCAAGGAACAAGGGAGGUGUUGCCGUAUUGGGUUCUGAUAAUAAUCGAAUUGAAUCCAAAGUUCAUCUUUUGCAAAUCCUGACCAACAUUAUCUUCAUCUGCUCUGCUGGUCACACAGCUGUCAACAGUCCGCAAUACGACGCUAUGGGUUUCCCGUCAAAUUACCCAGGCAAACUGAGAGGAACACCACCCACAGACCCUGCGCAGGUAAUCACGGAAAAAGAUGUUUUGAAUACACUCCCAGACAAGCGUUCUACUCUGAGCAUAAUGAUCAUCACCAAAAUACUAAGUGGCCUCAAGUUAAGUCGUCUUGGAGAGUAUACCACGCAAUAUAUUUUUGAUCCGGAAGCUUGCCAGAUUGUCAAGAAAUUUCAGAGCGAUCUUCUGGAAUGUUCAAAGGAAAUUGAAAAAAGAAAUCAAACUAGAGAAUACUCUUAUGAAUACCUACUGCCUGAAAGAAUAACCAAUUCAUUUACUUGAAAGAUUUUCUUGGAAUAAACUUUUUGUUUUAAUUUUAAAAA